GGUCUACGAUUGUUUCCUAAUCUUGGACCAGGAGGUAUCUUUGAUUCAUCGGCCACGGUGGAGCAAAGGAAGUAUUCUUUAUAUCGUGACGAGAUACAUGCCAGCCUUGAUGCUCUCUGUACACUUAUGCAUGAACUAUCUCCCGAAUGAAAAUAUUGUGACUUGUAAAAUUCUACAGUCAAUGUGGUAUUGUACUGCUGCAUUGUGCAUCACCGGUGCAGAAAGUAUCUUCAUCCUUCGUACCUAUGCAUUAUGGGGACAAAAGAAAUCCAUUCUGGGCCUUUUGUUGUUAACGGGACUGUGCCUGACGAUAUUGAACAUGGUAAUAAUACUGAAGGUUUGGGGCCAGUCGGAACUCCAACUAUCAGACAUAGGUGGCGGUUGUUACUCACUAUCCCACGACACAAAGGCUGCAUAUAAUUGGUCACUUAUAGCAGCAUUCGAGCUUGAGGUCAUGGUACUCACCAUGAUUCGUGUAUAUUGGGCAUACCGCGAAAGAGGGUAUCGGCUGCUCAAUAUCCUUCUACAACACAACAUCUUUUACUUCGGAACUGGGCUAACGCUAUCUGUGCUCAAUCUUUUAGCCUUUGAACUGCUAUCGUUCAACUCCUCAAAUAUGUUUGCAACAUUUCAAAUCGUCAUGCAUACGAUCCUCGUGACUCGGAUGCACCUACGGUUUUGCAACACCAUUUGCGACUCCCCUGAGCCCGGAACCACAUCACACUCUCAAUUGACAGAUAUUGAACUUCAGGCGCGUUCGCAUUCGAAUGCAUGAUGAUUCGAUGGAAUCUGUACAUCUCAUUUUCAUUCCGGCAUUUUUUUCUGUUGUGUUGCGACGAAUCCAAGGUGUUGUUGGGCCAUCCGGAAAAGUGACAGAUACAGGGUAUAUAGUACUCGCUAGGCUAACAAGUAAGAGGUGCUGAAGUUUACAUUAGAACGAGGUUUCUCGAAUUGGAGCGCGACUCGAACAAUGACGACAAAAACUUGAAUACUGAAAGAGUUGACCACGACGUUAGAGAAAAAGGAGAAUCUCAGACCAAAUAAGCAAGUAAGGAC